AUGAAGAGCAUCCUAAAGACUGGCAAAAGGGUCGGCGCGCUGCGGAAAGAGAGCAGCAUCACCCAGAGCAGCUCAAUCGGGGCCGUUCGCUGGAAGAUACCUGAAGAGACCAUCCAGGCUCACAGCUCGGUCCCCAGCCGACCCAGCAACCCCAGCAUCGUCACCGGACAACACUCACAGGAACACCCUCGUCAGAACGGCCUGAAGGAUCUCCGCAGCCUGCAGGAGUGUGUGCAGUUCAUCAACGACUGGAAGAAGCAGGUGGACCAAGUCUGCAAGGGCAGAGGGGAUCCAGGGGAAGGCACCAGCAAGAAAGACACCAGGUCCCCAGACCGGAAAGUUGAACGUAGUCUUGAGGAGAGCAGGAAACUGAUCCUGGAGUGGGCCGACGAACUCCACCAUGUGGACAAGUUCCUUAAGGAGAUCCCAUGGGCAUCGGAGAGCCAAGAAGACGAAAAAGAAGAAGAUAAAGACACUAAUGAGAAUGCACAGAUGAAGAUCAUGGAGUGGGCGAAGGAGCUGCAGAUGGCCACUGAGAGUUGUGGCGUACCAAGCGAUGAGCUCGGCAAAGUGCUGCGUCUACUGGGCCUGAAGAAGAAACGUCUGGUAAAGCUGCUGCCGCUGCUGGAGUUCAUCACCUGGUCUCUGCUCAAGGAAGACAGCACGAAAAUGAUUACACAAGUGUGGCUACUGGCAAAGCAAAGGACCUGGAAAGCGGGAAUUCCCCGAUACAUCCCCAACUCAGUCUGGAGUUGGAUUUGCACUGCAGCAGCUGAUGUGCGUCUCGACCCCAUGACCAACUACCCGUGGCUGCAGCUUUCCGACGAUCAGCGCAAAGUCCAGGAGGGCCACGUGGUGAGCAAGCCCACUCCCAACUCCCAGCGCUUCGACCACUGGCCGGGCGUGCUCGGCUGGGAGGGCUACGGCUACGGACGCCACUACUGGGAGGUAGACAUAGCCAACAAUGGAUACUGGCGCUUGGGCCUGACCACUGCCACCUCCAAGCGGCACGGGAACUUCCCCAUGACGCCAAAGGAGGGCUUCUGGACCCUGUGGCGCAGCCCAAACCACUUCUACGCCUGCACCAAGCCGGAGACCCAGCUGCCGGUCAGCCUGGUGCCCCGGCGGAUGGGGAUCUACUUAGACUAUGAAGAAGGUCAGAUCUCCUUCUACAACGCCCAAACCAAGACACACAUCUACACCUUCACCGGAAACUUCAAAGGAAAGGUCUACCCUCUGUUUGCCCCGAUGGACGGUCGCACACUCAUGACGAUCAUGCAGCCGCACCAAAUCUCAGCGCACUGAGGGAGAGGAG